UAAGAUCUCUUCAGUGAGCACUGUCAGUACUUUAAUUCAAGAAGGAUCAAAAUUUUUAUCUUCAAGUGGGGUAGAUACACCAUAUCUUGACUGUGAGAUAAUUAUGCAGCAUGUGUUGGGUGUAGAAAGAUCUUUCAUAGUCAUGAAUCAUACUGAUUUUGUCUUAGCACACAAAGAAUCAAAGUUUUGGCAAUUGAUAAAAAAGAGAGCGGAGAAACAUCCAGUAUCGCACCUAACAGGCAAGCGUGAAUUCUGGAAUAGCGAUUUUAUAGUUAGUCGAGACGUUCUAGAUCCAAGACCAGACAGUGAAACAAUAAUUUCAACGGUAUUAAAAUACUAUAUAAAUAAGAAACAAAAACUAAAAAUUGCAGAUUUUGGUACUGGUACCGGUUGUUUAUUGAUAUCUAUAUUGAGUGAAUAUCAAUAUGCUAUAGGUAUUGGCUUUGAAAAAAGUUUAAGAGCAUAUAGAAUUGCUCGCAAAAAUGUAAAAAAACAUAAUCUAUUAGGCAGAGCUCAAAUUUUUCCACGUUCAUGGACAGAAUGUAGGGAUUUAUUUGACCUUGUAAUUAGUAAUCCUCCGUAUAUCAAGAGAGAUAAGUUGAAAACCUUACAAGUUGAAGUACAGAAAGAGCCAAAAAUCGCACUUGAUGGUGGCAUAAGUGGAUUAGAUUGCUAUUUGAGUAUUUUUGCAACAUUGAAGAAGUGCCUUAAAAAAGGAGGAUUUGCUAUAUUGGAGAUAGGUGAAGAUCAAAACAAUAUCGAUAGAUUAAUACCUUUAUACGGGCUAGCUUUUCAAGAAUAUGUGUAUGAUUUAUCAGGGAUGAAGAGGUGCAUUAUUGUAAAACAGGUUCACGGUUAG